UGGUUGCUUUGAUGUUGCUUCUGUUUCUAUCUCUUUCCAUGUACGAUCCCAAUUGUAGUUGUGUGAAAUAAGCAGUUGUUUUGUUUUGGGAAGAGCCCAAAAAUCAACAAGGAAGUGGUACACUGGCCGAGAGACUAGAGAGAAGUAUUAUGUCAUAUCCUGCUUUUUCUAGUUAAAUUUAUCCCAACACCACCUUUCCCUCUGACCUUUCUGACGUCCCACCACUGUCCCCCCCACUCCACCACUCUCCUCUUACCUUUGCUUUCCCAUAAUUAAACAUCACUACCCACCAUCUCUCUCUCUCUCCCCCCCCUCGCUUUGUCCAUUUCCCAUUAUUAUUAUUUUCAAUCUCUAGCUAUGUGCUCUCAUUCAGCCUCCAUUAAUUGUGUUGCUGUUGAAAGAAGAGACCUACAAGACUGAAGCUGUUUAAAUCCAUAAGCUUUGCAAUAUCCGCUUGAUCUUGAUGAUGGAUAAACCUGGUUUUCUCUCAUCUAGAAUGUGAAGUAGCUUCUCCAGAUCACUACGCAGAUCAACAAUGAAACGUAACUUUGACCUUGAAGUAAAGGCCUCUUCCGAAAAUGAUUCCGAAGUUAGCAGCCAAGUCGCUUCGAACAAGUCCACAACCUCUGCAUCUCCCUCCAAAGACAGUGUCACAAACUCCUCGCAACUCACAAAUCUCGUAGCGGUUCAGUCGCAGUCAGAGCCGGUCACCCUUGACUUAACUCUCAGCUUCAAUGCUGAUGAUUUUGGGGGAAGGGAUUCAGGACUCUCAUUGUCAAGCACAAGCGAGAGUAGCAAUGAACCUGCAUCUCAUACUACAACGGCAGCCAUUCCACGAGUCUUUUCUUGCAAUUACUGUCAACGCAAGUUCUUCAGCUCGCAGGCUCUCGGCGGCCACCAAAAUGCGCAUAAGAGAGAAAGAACACUGGCAAAGCGGGCUAUGAGAAUGGGUAUUUUCUCAGAGAGGUAUGCCAGCAGCCUAGCAUCUCUGCCUCUGCAUGGAUCUCCAUUCAGGUCAUUGGGAAUUAAGGCACACUCUUCAGCACACUAUGGCUUUGUGCCACCAGCGAGGCCUCCUGAGAUCAGAAACACCACAAAGUUUCAGCACGGGUAUUUAGGCAUGCCCAUUUUUGUGGAGGAUGAUGAGGCGGAGCUGUUGUGGCCCGGCAGUUUCCGUCAGGUUGCUGAGGCAGGUAAUCCCCAUCCGAGUUUUGUACUGACUGAAAGUUCCAAUAUAAAUUUUGUAGAGAUGACUCCAUCAGUGGACAUAGACAACUCUACACCCGACCUCACAUUGAAACUUUAAGAGGUUGAUUCGAUGCUUCCAAAUCUGGCUUCAGUAUCUCCACAUUUGUUAUCUCUCUGUACAGUGAGAUGUGCCUGGGAAAUGACUGCAAGCUUUUCUUCUUAUAGCUCUUUUCUUUUUCUUGUACUUUUUCUUCCUUUUCUUUUGGUUAUCUACUUUGAAUGUUUGUCUAUGUAUAAGAGCCUCGCAAGGAUAAUUUGUAGCUCCUAUGCUUGUUAUGACAGCUUUUGAUUUAUAUAACGUAAUCCCAGUGCUCAAAGUACUAUGAUUGACCA